AUGGCCUGCGUCGCCGUGAAAUCCUUCGUCGGCCUCCGUCAGUCCGCGCCGGGAAAAACCGUAUCCCGGUCUGCAUCCGCCGCUCCUCGCCGGAGAUUCCGCGUGGUCGCCUCGAAAUCCAGCCCGAGGGUCACCGGCCGGAACCUCCGCGUCGCCGUGGUGGGAGGCGGACCCGCCGGCGGCGCCGCCGCGGAGGCUCUAGCCAAGGGCGGCGUGGAGACGUUCCUGAUCGAGCGCAAGAUGGACAACUGCAAGCCCUGCGGCGGCGCCAUCCCCCUCUGCAUGGUCGGCGAGUUCGAUCUCCCACUGGACAUCAUCGACCGGCGGGUCACCAAGAUGAAGAUGAUCUCGCCGUCCAACGUCGCCGUCGACAUAGGCCGUACCCUCAAGCCCCACGAGUACAUCGGCAUGGUCCGCCGCGAGGUCCUCGACGCUUACCUCCGCGACCGCGCCGGCGCAGCCGGCGCCGCCGUCAUCAACGGCCUCUUCCUCAAGAUGGACCUCCCCUCGUCCAAGACCGCGCCGUACGUCCUCCACUACACCGACUACAACGACAAGUCCGGCGGCGCCGGCGAACGGAAAACCCUAGAAGUCGACGCCGUCAUCGGUGCCGACGGCGCCAACUCCCGCGUCGCCAAAUCCAUCGGCGCCGGCGACUACGAGUACGCCAUCGCCUUCCAGGAGCGGAUCCGCAUCCCCGACGAAAAGAUGAAGUACUAUGAGGACCUUGCUGAGAUGUACGUCGGCGACGACGUCUCGCCGGAUUUCUACGGUUGGGUCUUCCCCAAGUGCGACCACGUGGCCGUCGGCACCGGCACCGUCACUCACAAGGGCGACAUAAAAAAACUCCAGGUCGCGACCCGGCUCCGCGCCCGGGACAAGAUCGACGGCGGCCGAAUCAUCCGGGUCGAGGCCCACCCCAUUCCGGAGCACCCUCGGCCCAGACGGGUCCUCGAUCGGGUGGCCCUCGUUGGGGACGCCGCCGGGUACGUCACCAAGUGCUCCGGUGAGGGGAUAUACUUUGCCGCCAAAAGCGGGCGGAUGUGUGCAGAGGCCAUUGUAGCCGGGUCGGAAAACGGGAAGAGGAUGGUGGACGAGGGGGAUCUGAGGGUAUAUCUGGAAAAAUGGGACAAAACUUAUUGGCCGACGUAUAAGGUUCUGGACAUACUGCAGAAGGUGUUCUACAGGUCGAAUCCGGCGAGGGAGGCGUUUGUGGAGAUGUGUGCCGACGAGUACGUGCAGAAGAUGACGUUUGAUAGUUAUUUGUACAAACGGGUCGUGCCCGGUAACCCGAUGGAUGAUUUGAAGCUGGCCGUGAAUACGAUCGGGAGCCUGGUGAGGGCUAAUGCGCUGAGGAAGGAGAUGGAGAAGCUAAGUGUAUGA